AUGGAGAAACAAAUGGCGGCAAUUCGAAUGCAUCGUCAUCUCAGAGCACAAACAGCAGGCCCAAAACACAAACAAGGGAUCGGUGUUAAAGAAAUUCGACCGGAUACAGCUGUCGUGAAGCCAAACACAGAACAAAGGCACGACUUCCGUAAGGUGAUAACGUACAGCAGUACACAGAAGUCAUUCCUUCGGGCACCGGGGAAAACUGUUCAUCAAACUGAGGCUCCACCUGAUUCAAGCAGCCCGGAUGUUGAUCAAACGUGUUUAUCUCGCGUCGAGCCCGAUUUAGAACAGGACGAAGCUGUUUCGGAAAUAAAUGAUUCUCUUUUGCCAGAGUUAUCGACCGUUGAAGAUGAACCAUUAAAAGAAGAGAUAACUCCUAUACCAGCACCAGCCCUGACAUUAGAGGCCUGGAUAACUGGAUCCCCUCACUCCAGUCGUGAGUUUGACACAGACACAGAGCCUGAGGUCUCAAACAGAACAACAACUCUUGCUAAAAAAGACCAAUCUGGCAAGUUGGAGUAUGAGGAACAAUGUAAAAAACAUGGAAUUAUACCAGUUUCUUUUCUCUGUCGACAUCUUGGAGAAAAGAAUGUCAAACUAAAACACAGGAGCCUUGGAAGCUCUGGAAUCAAACCACUUGCAUUGGCUUUAAGGCACAACACACUAACUGAAAACUUGGACUUGACUGGAAAUAAUAUUGAUGGGAUUGGUGUAUUUUAUCUUGCUAAAAUGUUGGAGGAAAAUCAAACAUUAAUCUCACUGAAUCUGUCAAAUAACUGCAUUGGAUCAUUAGAAGCCCUGUCUAACAUGCUAGAAAUUAACACAACAUUAAAACUUUUAUCUGUGUCAGGCAAUCAUCUGGGGGACUCUGCCACCUUCUGCCUCAUCAACUCCCUCAAGAACAACAUGUCCCUUCUCUGUCUGGACCUCAGCUACAACGGCUUCUCUCUCAUGGGCGGUGUCCACCUCGGCAAGGCCUUGGGAAUUAACGAUGGUCUUCUGGAGAUUAACUUAAGCUGGAACAGUCUCAGGAAUCAAGGUGCCUUAGCCAUUGCUAAUGCUUUAAAAAUGAACAGGACUCUGGAAGUGUUAGACCUCAGUUGGAAUGGGCUGGCACUGGAUGGCGCCAUUGCGAUACAAAGAGCUCUUCAAGUCAACAAGACACUUAAGGUCUUAGAUCUUACGAACAACAGACUGGAUAGUAAAGCUGCUGCAAAGCUUGCAUUUGGCUUAAGGAAAAAUACCUCACUACAGACACUGAUUCUAAAUACGAACCCGCUUGGUGAGAAGGGUGUGGCAUCCAUCUUAAAAUCUAUAUCCAAACAUCCUGCCAUUAUAUUUUUGUCACUGGAGGAUGUGACUGGUACCAGCAGCCAUGUUGAGCUCAUACAAACCUUGGAGAGGGAUAAAGAUAUGGUCAUAGCGUACGAUGUCCUCAACAACAUAAACAAGAUAACGGUUCUUUUCAACCUGAAUAAAGUUUUUAACCUGUUCAAGAGGAAGCAACUCAGUAGUUUAGAAGAUAAUUUUAUUCAGUGUGACCCCAUGAGGUCAGGAAAACUUGAUGUGGAUAAAAUGAAACUGUCUUUGAGGUGCUCAGGGAUCAAUUUAACACAUGUAAGAUAA